AUGUCCUAUGUGUCGUCCAAGAUCUCGUUUGAGAAUCUCCCUAAGUUAUCCUACAAUCCAGCAAUGUAUGCUUUGUGGAGGAAGUCGAUCGAGGUGUAUCUACAGAUAGGUGACGCUUCGAAUAUCGUCACAGGUAAUGAUACCGAACCUGGUCGAGUAGGGGUUAGGGCGACAGAUGAGAGGGCGGGAUCAGUACCUCCUAGCACGCCCGUCGAAGGGCAAGUGAUUGGUAGGAGGAUCACUGGAGAAGAGUUGAAGGAAUGGGAGAAGUGGCAGGCGAGUGUCACGAACUAUGUCGUGACACCUCAAUUAUUCCACCAACAAUGA